AUGGCCGAAAUGCUCACUGAGGAUCAGGUCGCCGGCCUGCUGACUAUCCUUAGGAAGGAUGUCUCCGUCGACACGAAAGUUCAACACAUCACUGCCGUCAAGUCCGCUAUUAAGCAUUACAGCGUACCCGAUGUCUGCGUCGCGCCGCUCUUCGAAGCCCUUCGGCUCGCCUCGAGCUCGCAGCACUCGGUUCUUGUCAAUGCUGGCUUCACUACGCUAAACCACCUCCUAACGCGCAUGUCGCUACAGGAACCCAAGUACCUUGCCAAAGAAGCGAAACACACGCUACCGCUCAUCGUCGAGAAGAUGGGCGAUCCAAAGGAUAAAAUAAGGGGACUAGGUAUACAAGCUAUGGCCACCAUGUAUAACAAUGUACCGAUAGACGCCGAGAGAUUCGUGCGCAAUACUGCUAUGGUUGGAAAAAAUCCCAGGUCAAAGGAAUCGAGCUUGCAAUGGCUACUGCAGAUGCACAAGGAUCAGGGCUUACAAUUCCGUGCUUACGUACCAGCUCUGAUGGAGCUACUAGAGGAUGCCGACGGUAUGGUUCGAGAUGCGACCAAGAGCACGGUGAUAGAAUUGUUCAAGGACGCGCCGAAUGGAGCGAAGACCGAUCUAAAGAAGCAGUUGAAGAACUUCAAAGUGCGACCUGCUAUAGAGCAGGCCAUAGUAAAGGAAUUAGCCCCAGCAUCUUCAAGAACGGACCCCGAAUCAAGACCCGCGUCGGUAAUGCAGGUGCGACCAAAUCUCGCAGCGAGCGUUUCCUCCCUUGCUAGCGAACGACCAAUAACACCAAUGCCCGAACCUAAGGCGGAGUCGGUCGAGCCCUCAUACGUUAACACCAACCGAGAAUUAGAAGAUCUAUUUAGAGAUAUGCACCCGUGGUUUGAAGGCAAAGAGACCGAACAGAACUGGUUGAAAAGAGAAGAGAGCAUGACUAAGUUACGGAGACUCAUUGCUGGCAACGUACCGUCGGAUUUCCCUGAUACCUUUGUUGCUGGUUGUCGAGCGUUACUCGAUGGCAUCCUCAAGGCCGCCAAUUCCUUAAGAACAAGUUUGUCUAAAGAGGCCUGCGCUUUUGUCCAAGAACUUGCCAAUAACUUUGGGCCGGCAAUCGACCCAAUGGUUGAACUACUGAUGCAGACCUUUAUAAAAUUGUGUGCGGCGACCAAGAAGAUAAGUUCCCAAUUAGCUAAUACAUCGGUGGAUAUCAUCAUUGGAAGGACUACGUAUAAUGCUAGGAUUAUGCAACAUAUAUGGGGUGCUUGUCAAGAUAAGAAUGUGUCGCCGAGGAUGUACGCUACCGGCUGGUUAAAGACUCUGUUGAAGAAAGAGGCACAUCACAAGAAUCAUCUGGAGCAUGGCGGAGGAUUAGACAUGAUCGAAAAGUGCAUCAAGAAAGGUCUUAACGACCCCAAUCCCGGUGUCCGCGAGAAGAUGCGCUCGACGUACUGGGCGUACGCCGCGAUCUGGCCAGCGAGGGCAGAAGCAAUCAUGGACGGUCUUGAGUCAACCGCCCAGAAGUUAUUACAGAAGGACCCUAACAAUCCAAAUUCACCAAAGAAAUCUGAGCCUGCCCCUCGUCCGGGGUUAGGCCUUUCGAAGAGUACUAUGACGUCCUCGAAGCCCUCCUUAAGAGAUGCUAUGUUAGCACAGAAGAGGGCCCUAGCAUCGAAGAAUUUACCUUCUCGACCGGCGUCGGCGAUGGCGGUCACGCCGGCGCGGAGCGUGUCCGGGGGCUCGUCGGGUACGUCAGCAACUUCGCAUGCGGCCAGUACCAAUACCGCGACUCGAACGCGUGCAGAUACAUCGACGAAGUCUCAUGGUGGUAUGUCGGUAGCUCCAAUGCGACCAGCUAGGAGAAGGCCAGAUGUUGCGCCCCGACCUGCUACCGCCGGACCUUACUCCGUUCGGUCGCAUGACGGGCCAUCAAGAGAGCAGACAAGCCCCACUCACAGCACGAAACAAAAGGCUACGACCCCGAAAACGAUCUCGGGAUCUCCUAGAAGGACAGUCCCGAGAACUAGGCCCGGUCAUGUAGCAACUGCUAGCGAGUCUAGUAUUUCAACUCCGUCGAAGGAGGCAGCUCAUAAGGCUGUUGCUUCUCCAAAAGCAAGUCCGGCGAAGCCUAGUCCAGUGAAGGCUAAGCCAAUAGUGAACGAAAUCAGCUAUAGUAGUCCCGCCAAUUCAAACGAAGAUUUCACCCUUGUUGUGCCGGAUAUCGCGCAGUUGAAGGAGAGCAUACAGAUACGGUCUACUCCGCCCGAACCUUCUCCUAAAGUGCCGGUAAUUGAAGCACCGAAAAUCGAAGCACCGACAGCUGAAUUGCCGAUAGCUGUUGAAGAUGAAGAAGUAACAGUCAUUCACAAAGCCGCAACCCCGACCCCGACACCGUCGAAGUCACUAAAAGUAUAUGAAGAUCCUUUUACGGAGGACGACCAGCCGACGCCUCGCCCAGCGACGAAUGAUAUAAUCGAUCAACCAGUAUUGAAAGACAAGCCUAUUAACGAAGAUGCUGCUAAUCUCAUACACCCCGCGGAAGCGAACGAGGUCCUUGGUAGCCCUCUUGCGUCGCCUGAUAAAACACGUCAAAAUUCCCGUCUUAUUGACAGCGGCAUUGCUCGCGUGAAAGCGCAAAGUCUUGAUGUGCAUGGCUUCCGUAAAUUACAAAGCCUCGUCCGCGAUAAUAAAGUGCUCCUCCCCGAUGAUAAGUUUGACGCCUUACUACUUGGGCUCUUCGAGUACCUUGAAUCGUCUCUUGAUAAUGUUGCUCCUGAGAAGGUCCAAGACGUAAAGGCGCAAAUUCUCGCCACUAUUAAGUUAUUAUUGAAAAAGUCUCGUGACAGAUUCCAACCCCACGUAUCUAGGGGACUAGAGGCUUUACUCGCCGCGCGCACCCGCUACGACGCGCGGACGCACAUUGUCAGCGGCCUAGAACUGUUAGCAGACGAACUAGUUACGAUUGGCGACGCAGGCGAAAUUACGGUGACCAUGACGCGCAACCUAAGCAACAUGGACAUGGACACGUCGGGGCACCGUAGCCUGAGCAUGGGGCUGCAUGUGCUAAAGGAGCUCUUGGACGCUCGGUCGUCGUUCACGCCUGGCGAAAACGAAGUGACGGGUCUGCUCAACCUCGCGACAAGGUGUCUCGAGAGUAAGGAGAGCGGCGUCCGUAUGGACGCCGUGCAGCUGUGCGUGGCGCUGCAUGCGCGCCUCGGCGAAACUAGGUUCUGGGAAAGCAUGAAGAACGUUAAAGACGACCCCAAGAGCCUCAUCACGUAUUACAUCGUUAAGCGGCAGAGGGAAAAUGGAGGGGUCGCCGCUUAG